CACGAUUUUCACUGCAAGCGAAGGCCUACAGAAAGAAAUAGAUACCCAAUUACACUUCCGGUGUAAACAAGGCUCGCCGUACAAGAGCGACCUAGCUGCCACUUAGCUGGAGCCGUGAAAGGACAAGCUCUGAAAUAUCAGACCUUCAGCAAAAAGUGUGCCAGAGAGAAAGAAAGCGUAACUUGGCUGACCAUGGCAGAUGAGAUGGACGAACCCAUUGAUCUACAAGGGGGAGAAGAGGAAGAGGAAGAUGAAUCUGAUGAAGAUGAGGAGCUUGAUUGGGUGGGCGAAGAAGAGGAAGAGGAGCAGUUGGAAGAUCAUGAGUUAUCCCCACCCAGUGAGGAUGCAUUUGAAAUGGACAUGCCAGCAGAACGCAGUGGCCAUAUAGCUGUGAUUGAUGAAAACUAUAUUUUUGUAUGGGGAGGAUAUAAGAACACCCAGACGACUGGCUUUUUUGACUUCUACCUGCCAAGGAAUGAAAUAUGGAUUUACAACACCGAGACCGGAAGAUGGAAGAAGCGGAUGACUGAAGGAGAUGUUCCCCCCUCCAUGUCGGGAAGCUGUGCCGUGUGUGUUGAGGGCGUCCUCUAUCUGUUUGGAGGUCACCACUCCCGGGGAAACACCAAUCGGUUCUACCGGCUCCCCUUGAGGACACCAGGGGCACUGCGAUGGGAGAAGAUGAGGGACCUGAAGGGGCUUUGCCCCUCCGCGAAGGACAAGCUGGGCUGCUGGGUGCAUAAGAACAGGCUGGUGUUCUUCGGAGGGUACGGCUAUGCUGCAGUCGGAGGUCACCUUGGAACCUUUGAAUAUGAUGAGACUUCAUUCUGGGCUAAUGGUGCUGGAAGGGGGUGGAACAAUCAUAUCCAUGUGCUGGACCUGGAGACUUUUGUCUGGACUCAACCAGUCAUAAAGGGAAACCACCCCUCUCCCAGGGCUGCCCAUGCCUGUGCUACCAUUGGAAACCGGGGCUACUUGUUUGGUGGUCGCUACAGGGAGUAUCGCCUGAAUGACCUGUACUACAUCAACAUGGAUACCUGGGAAUGGAAUGAAAUGAGUGUCCCUCAGUAUGGUCCAGUGGGCCGAUCCUGGCACUCCUUCAUCCCUGUGUCACCAGACCACAUCUUCCUGUUUGGAGGCUUCACAACAGACAAACAAACACUCAGUGAUGCUUGGCUCUACUGUGUGAGCAAGAACGAGUGGAAGCCAUUCAAGCACAGAAACACUGAAAACCCUAGGCUGUGGCACACAGCCUGCGCCGGGCCUGAGGGCGAGGUGUUCGUGUUUGGGGGCUGCGCCAACAACCUACUGUCCCACCAGAGGGCGGCUCACAGCAAUGAAAUACUGGUUUUCAGUGUGCAGCCCAAGUCCCUUUCACGGUUCUGCAUGGAGGCAGUGAUGCAGCACAGGGAGCAGCUAGCAGGGUCCUGGGACUCCCUGCCUAAACACUUACUGCAGAGCCUGGCCCAGAGGCUUGACGGCAUCAACACGCUGGGGUCCUAGACCUCCCCCCCCCCCCUCCCUGAAUGUGUGAGAGCGAAUGAGUGAGAGCAUUAGGUUGCCCUGGUACAGAGGCAUUUAUUGCAACCCCUCCUCCCCCCAGAGCUCAUAUGCGACUUCCUCGCUCAUUGAACGUUCCGGCACAUUCCCUCCUGCCCAAUGGGGUCAGAAUACCCAGAAUUUGAUGAAAAUAACUGUGUGUACUUGUUACUCAAUACCCGGUGAAUGUAAUGCAAGGUGCUGAUUAGCAGUUCGGGCCAGUCUGAGGGGGAAGUCGGACGACUGCAGACACUCUAUAGUACCAGUGUAGCCAAACUGUUUUCCGGCCAGUCCUUCCUUGGGUCUCUUGCAACUGUUGUGCUUGCCCAAUGCAGGAAGCCAACACUGUUUGCCUUUGUUAAAUGUCUAGUUUUAUCAAAUAUAUUAUAUAAAAUAAGCAUAUUUUUGUGUAGGUUUGUCAUGUGUAUAUUGCAAAUUGUUUAAAAAGUAUAUUUUACAAACAAAAAAAACAAAAAAAAGUUUCAGCACUGGUAGUGACAAUUUUGAUGUUCUGGAUUUGUCCCCGUCACCUUGUUUACAUUGUCUAGAGGAAAACCAAUGAGAUUUAACAGCUGUGCUAUUUGAAGGUUUUGCACGAAAGUAACUUCAAUUGAGUACGUCACACUACUCAGUUGUACAUUUUAUUUUUCAUCCACAUUUUCAGCUUUGUCCAAUUUGGUGUACCUUUUCCCCCUGCCAUUUAAAUCUUGAACAUAAAAUGUACAAUGUAAAAGGGGAUAGGGUUUCUUCAUAUUCUCUCAAAGAAAAGAUGCAAGUGUAAAAAUAAGUUUUUAGAUUUUGCUUAGGUGGGAGAUUGUAGAGAAAGGUCAACUGGAAAAGUGCCAGUAGUUGAAGGGAUUCUUGUAAUCAUCCAAGUUUCAGUUGUCUGCUAUAAAGCCUUCUGAAGGUAUAAUUUCAUAUUGGAUAUUAAAGGCAUCUGGAUCGACCGAGUGCAGCACAGCUCCCAUCAUGUCAACAACCCCGGUCUCUCCUCUAAAUUAUUUUCAAAAUUGGCAAAUUGUAGCAGUCCAAGGAUCUGUUCAGUGUUUCGUCCUUUCCUGCUUUCUUACAGGCAGUACAGCUCAUUUCUUCUUAGCUGCCAGCAGAUUGGGUGCUGAUACUUUCACUUUGCCAGGGAUGUUUCUUGAUAAAUCUGUGUCCUGAAAUAAUAAUAAAUAAAAUAAAAAAAUUA